AUUAACAUAUUUUUGUGAUCUCCCCUUCCUCAUCCAAUGUACCUUCUAUAUAAACCUAGUUAUCCAAGAUUUUUUUUUAGACUCUUAUUAACAUCCCAAACACCAAUAAUAUCCAAUUUCUUAUCAUAUAAAAUGGAAUUUUCAUCCCCUAAAACUCAAUAUCCAAAUUUCAAUUUCUUCCAAGAUCAAUCAUCAUUACCAUGGAAUGAUGAUCAACAUUUCUUAGAUGAAUAUUUGACUAAUAUCGACCAAAACAACGAUCAUUUUCUACCAGAAAGUACUUCUUCAUUCUUAACCUCGAACGAAAGUUAUAGAUGGGAAGUUUCCUCCUCCAACCUACAUCAAUUACCAAGAAGUUGUUCAUCCUCAAACGAUACGAAUUCCUCUAAAGAAAGCAAUAAUCAUCAUGAAAUCGACGAGGUCACGUCUCAUCACCAUGAUAAGAAUAACUCCACCAAACACUACAUAGGAGUUAGAAAGAGACCAUGGGGAAAAUAUGCAGCGGAAAUAAGGGAUUCAACAAGAAAUGGGAUUAGGGUUUGGUUAGGAACAUUUAAUACUUGUGAAGAAGCUGCUUUAGCGUAUGAUCAAGCUGCACUUACAAUGAGAGGUCCAUUGGCACUUUUAAAUUUUCCAAUGGACAAAGUAAGAGAAUCACUUGAAAAUAUUAAGUAUAUUUGUGAAGAUGGGAUUUCACCAGCUGCUGUUUUAAAGGCAACAAAUAAAAUGAGACGUGUUAAACAUAAGAGAAAUAGGAAGAAGAGAAAUGUUUUGGUUUUUGAAGAUUUGGGUGCUGAAUUGUUAGAUGAACUUUUGAUGAGUACUUCCUCUAAUUAGAAUUAUUAUUCUUCUACUUGUUUGUACAUAAAAAUUGCUUCUAUUUUGUUUUCAUUGUCACUCACUCACUACAUGUGUAUAGUUAUGUAUAGUUCAUGUGGUGUUCAGAAUUCAUCGAUUCGAUUAUUCUAAAGAAAAAAACGCUCUCUAUCAGAGAAUUAA